UCCUCCCGGCCCGCUAGGUGGGGGGCGCCCGCUGGCCGCCGCCGGAUAAAAGGGCCUCGGGCUCCCCAGGAGGCCGCUUACCGCUGCUUGGCCUCGGCAACCCGGUCCCAGCCCCCGACCGCCUGCGCUCCAGCUGGUGCCUGAGCUCCAGUUGCCCUUGAAGUCGCCAUGAUGUGGUCCCCACCAGCCACCCUCUUCCUGCUCCUGCUGCUGGGCCAGGCCCCUCCCAGCAGGCCACAGUCACUGGUCGCCAUGAAGCUACGGCUGGUGGGCCCAGAGGGCAGGCCAGCGGAGGGCCGCCUGGAGGUGCUGCACCAGGGCCAGUGGGGCAGCGUGUGUGAUGACAACUUCGCUCUCCAGGAGGCCACGGUGGCCUGCCGCCAACUGGGCUUUGAGUCUGCCUUGACCUGGGCCCACAGUGCCAAGUAUGGCCCAGGGAAAGGACCAAUCUGGCUGGACAAUGUGCGCUGUGUGGGCACAGAGAGCUCCCUGGACCAGUGUGGGUCUAAUGGCUGGGGCGUCAGUGACUGCAGCCACUCGGAGGACGUCGGGGUAGUGUGCCAUCCCCAGCGCCAGCGAGGCUAUCUUUCUGAAAAGGUCUCCAAUGCCCUCGGGCCCCAGGGCCAGCGGCUGGAGGAGGUGCGGCUCAAGCCCAUCCUUGCCAGUGCCAAACGACGUAGCCCCAUCACCGAGGGAGCCUUGGAGGUGAGGUACGAGGGCCACUGGCGGCAGGUGUGUGACCAGGGCUGGACCAGGAACAACAGCAGGGUGGUGUGCGGGAUGCUGGGCUUCCCCAGUGACGCGCCUGUCGACAGCCACUACUACAGGAAAGUCUGGAAUUCGAAGAUGAAGGAUCCCACGUCCAGGCUGCAGAGCCUGACAAAGAAGAAUUCCUUCUGGAUCCACCGGGUCAACUGCCUGGGGACAGAGCCCCACAUGGCCAACUGCCAGGUGCAGGUGGCACCAGCAAAGGGCAAGCUGCAGCCAGCCUGCCCAGGUGGCAUGCACGCUGUGGUCAGCUGUGUAGCAGGGCCCCGCUUCCGCCCUCCGAAGGCAAAGCCCAGGCGCAAGGAGGCCCAGGCAGAGCAGGAGACGAGGGUGCGCCUCCGCUCUGGGGCCCAGGUGGGCGAGGGCCGGGUGGAAGUGCUCAUGAACCGCCAGUGGGGUACAGUCUGUGACCAUGGGUGGAACCUCAUCUCCGCCAGUGUUGUGUGCCGUGAGCUUGGCUUCGGCUCUGCUCGAGAGGUCCUCUUUGGGGCACGGCUGGGCCAAGGGCUGGGGCCCAUCCACCUGAGUGAGGUGCGCUGCAGAGGAUAUGAACGAACCUUAAGUGACUGCCCCUCCCUGGAAGGGUCCAAGAAUGGUUGCCAACAUGAGAAUGAUGCUGCUGUCAGGUGCAACAUCCCUAACAUGGGCUUCCAGAAUCAGGUGCGCUUGGCUGGUGGGCGCAGCCCUGCAGAGGGUGUGGUGGAGGUGCAGGUGGAGGUGAACGGGGUCCGACGCUGGGGGUCCGUGUGCAGUGACCACUGGGGGCUCACCGAAGCCAUGGUGGCCUGCCGACAGCUUGGCCUGGGUUUUGCCAACCACGCCAUCAAGGACACCUGGUACUGGCAGGGGACGCCAGGGGCCGGAGAAGUGGUGAUGAGUGGGGUGCGCUGCUCAGGCACAGAGCUGGCCCUGCAGCAGUGUCAAAGGCAUGGGCCGGUGCACUGCUCCCAUGGCACAGGGCGCUUCUCAGCCGGAGUCUCCUGCACAGACAGUGCUCCAGACCUCGUGAUGAACGCCCAACUAGUGCAGGAGACAGCCUACUUGGAGGACCGCCCGCUCAGCCUACUGUACUGUGCGCACGAGGAGAACUGCCUCUCCCAGUCCGCUGACCGCAUGGAGUGGCCCUACGGACACCGGCGCCUGUUGCGCUUCUCCUCACAGAUCCACAACCUGGGCCGGGCUGACUUUCGUCCCAAGACAGGACGCCAUGGCUGGAUUUGGCACCAGUGCCACAGGCACUACCACAGCAUUGAGGUCUUCACCCACUAUGACCUACUCACUCUUAAUGGCUCCAAGGUGGCUGAAGGGCACAAGGCCAGCUUCUGUCUAGAGGACACAAACUGCCCCACAGGACUGCAGCGGCGCUAUGCGUGUGCCAACUUUGGGGAACAGGGAGUGACAGUUGGCUGCUGGGACACCUACCGACAUGACAUUGAUUGCCAGUGGGUGGACAUCACAGACGUGGGCCCUGGGGAUUAUAUCUUCCAGGUAGUUGUGAACCCCAAAAACGAGGUGGCAGAGUCCGAUUUCUCCAACAACAUGAUGCGGUGCCGCUGCAAGUAUGAUGGGCAACGAGUCUGGCUGCACAACUGCCACACAGGAGAUUCAUACCGAGCCAAUGCAGAGCUCUUCCUGGAGCAGGAGCAGCGCCUCAGGAACAACCUCAUCUGAAGCCAUCACUGCACACUCCCAGCUGCUGCCCACACACCAGAUACCUCAGCUUAUUGGAGCCAUGCCCUUCACAGAGCCCUAGCUCAGAGGGAAAGGGGCCAGUGCCAAAGGGCACCAAGAACCUGCUCAGGAAGCCUUUUGAUGGCAAUUCACCAAACCAGGAUGGUACUGCUCCCUCAGGAUGGCUCUGGACCUGUCCCCUCAAGGUCUUUGGUCUAUGGACUGUGGCCUCCAGGCUUUGCUCAGCUGAGCUCCUCUUCCAUAAGGACACCCAGUCUUUCCUGGAUCUUGCCCCAGAGUUCCUGGUUCAGGAGCAAUCAGCUCCUUAGGGAUGGACUGUGGCCCAGUCCCCCAUUUAAAUGGUGCUUUGCAAAUGUCUUGGAGGAGUAGAAGACAAAAGACCAAAAUACACAGGCGGUGGGGUUAGCUCCCUGCAAGGAGCUCAAAGCAAUACAACUUGUGUCAAAGUCGCAACGGACAGAGAAGUUGGUGAAUUCAGUACCUUGCUUGAUCUGUCCUCAUUUAGAACUCACCUGUCAUACUCUCUAAGAGUCUGUUCUUUAAUUCCCUUACCUUUAUCCUACCACACAUAUGGGUGUUUCUAAUAUCCCUGGAAGCUUAGGCCUCAGGCAUCCCCUUAUGUCCUGAUGGGCCAAUACCACCAGUUACUGAGUGCUUGAGAAGGGGCAAGAUUCACAGAAGUGGCCAGAUGGGCCUUCCUGCAGAGCAGCAAGAGAAGGCCAAGCAGAAAGACUGCUGGGGUAAUAUGGACUCCAGCCCCUGCUAGGGCCUCUGCCAAGGAAAAAUACAUGCCAUGUACCUGGCAGGCAAUCCAGUCUCCCUCAAGAUCACUGUGCUUCUCAGGACUGGCCUAAAUUUCAGGUCUCAACCAAGUUUCUGGAGUGAACUUUGCAGUAAAUAAGUUUUUGCAAUGGAAAGAACAUCGGUGAAACAAGCCACUCAUGUCUGUAGGAAUAAGACAGGUCUGGUAGAGUGGAGGACAGGAGACUAGGGAUAAGUCAGAGGGGGACAUUUCAUUUAGUUAAGGACUAAACCUAGGAAAGGCCCCCUCCCUGCUUGAUGUGGCUGUGAUAUGCUCUUACUCAUACUAAAAUCCCAUGAUCUUCUUGGACAUGAUUCUUAAUUUUUAUUCCACUUAGACACCUUAAAAGAUGAUCCUUACAGGUCUGACAUCCUAAUGCCAAUAAAGGUUGCUCACUAUGGACUGCUACAAAGAUAA